CAUCGGCGGCGUCUUGCAACAUAAACCCAACGUAUCCACCAUAUUCUAUUCAAGACGGAGAAACUUUCGUAAUAUCUGAUACCGAAACGUUCAACGAGACCCUCUAUGCGUACCCAAGCGGUUCUGGAGGAAGCAUAACACAGUUUGUUGUCAUUGGGCCUCUGGGGUUGCACCAGUCCGAGAUAACUGAUCAUGGAAACGAUCUUUUUUCCGUCGAACAUGAUUUGGGAUGCAACAUCCGAUCAAUCAGGCGAUCACACAGUUUGCUACUACGCAGUGGAUUCUAAAGGGCUACAUUCUGAACAAAGAUGUUUCACUAUAACUGUAACUGUAAAUAUUGAUCCAUGCGAUGUCGACUAUGGUGGGUGCAGUGACACUUGCAUAACUGAUACCAACUCGCACAGCUGCUUAUGCGAUUUAAAUUGUUGGUCAAUACACGACAAUGACAGAACUUGUCUUCCCUUCUCGACGGUUGAAUGUGACGGUCUUACAACGAACAUCAGUAUUGCAAACUGUGCAUCAGAAGAAGUUAUAAUUGCUGGAGAACACAAUAAUCUAAAUUCAGAAUGUCAGUCAACCAGAGGAACUUCCCAACAGCAUUUUUCAUUGACCAGUGGGCAAUGCGGAAUGACAACUGAGGUAAAACUGAUGUGA